AUGAUUGCACACUGGGUCUCAUCUACUAGGGAAAAGACUGCACAGGUAGCCCGAUCUUCCAGAGCCAAAUUUAAUAUUGGCGAAACAUUCAAGGUUAAAGGAUCCAAAUAUCUCAAAAAAGCAAUGUCUUCCUUUAAGAAGUCCGACGGUGCCAUAGGUGACUCUAGAAAACGUCAGAGCAAAAAAGACGAGGCGAUAAGGCGCAAGAUCGAGUAUGAACUUUCUAAGAAAAGAGGCCAAAGUUCAAGAACUUCUCGAAAGAACAAAGCUGUCCCUGGAACAGUUCUGUACUUGAAGCCUUCCGAAGCAAUAAUAUGCAAAAAGAAUGCCACAGUUUAUCAAGCUGCACAAUUAAUGUCAGCCAGAAGAGAGAACUGUAUCCUUGUUGUCAAUGAUGAUGGCGAGUUGAUUGGAAUAUUUACCGCUAAAGAUUUAGCUUUCCGAGUUGUAGGGUCGGGCCUCAAUGCGAAUGCUACACUCAUUGAACAAAUUAUGACUCCGCUGCCUAUUUGCGCAAAUGCGGAUAGUCCCGCAUCUGAGGCUUUGACGUUGAUGGUCGAAAAGGGAUUUAGACACUUGCCUGUUCUUGACGAUAAAAGCCGCAUCGUUGGAGUCUUAGAUAUCACUAAGUCUUAUGCCCAGCAAAUGGAGAAGUUGGAGAGAUUACAUGCCUCCUCAAAGAACCUUUAUGAGGCAUUGGAUUCUGUGCACAAUGAAAUGGGUGUUGCAGAUCAACCACGUCAUAUUUUUGAGUACUUUGAAGAUUUGAAACUGAAAAUGGAUGGUCCCACAUUACUGUCUGUUUUAGACUCAGCAACAACCCCCAUCUAUACAAAUGUGAAGUGCUCUGUGUUGGAGGCAACCAUUCAAAUGAAGGAAAAUAGGACUACAGCAGUUUUGGUGAAUGAUACCAGCGGCGAAUUAACGGGUAUCUUCACAUCCAAAGAUGUGGUUUUACGAGUAAUUGCUGCAGGUUUAAACCCCAAAACAUGCUCUGUAGUGAGAGUGAUGACUCCACAGCCAGACGUUGCCAACGAGAGAACUUCAAUUCAGCAGGCAUUGCGCCAAAUGUUUGAGGGACAUUAUUUAAACUUACCUGUUGUGGAUAACGAAGGUGACAUUAUUGGUAUUGUGGACGUCUUGAAGCUCACAUAUGCCACUUUGAACCAAAUCAAAAGGAUUGAACAAAGCUCUCGUACUCUGGAUUCUGUGGAAGAGUCAAGCGAAGGCCCAGCGUGGAACAAGUUUUGGACCUCUCUAGAUAACGAUUCUGACUAUGCAAAUUCUGAUUCUUUGGCAAGUGCCCCAGAUGUAACACCAUCCGAGAUGCAACUGUUCAACAUCGAGAUUGGACCUUCUGAUUCUGUAUCAGCCGUUGAAGCGCUGCUGUUAUUGAAACAAUCUAGCAAAAGCAUGUCAAAUAUAUCAUUGACAGAAUCCUUCACAUUCAAGUUCAAGUCUCCUGCGAUGCAUGGCCGCGUCCACCGAGUAUCACUCAAGCAAACGGAUACUUUAAGUGAUUUAAGAAGUGUCAUAAACGAAAAGUUGCAUUCUAAGGACCUUGAAGCAAUCGAUGCAACUUUAGAAGGACAUGAGGCGUAUGCUAUUAGCUAUGUUGAUGAUGAAGGUGACAUUGUAUCCAUUACAUCAGACAAUGACUUGAAAGACUGCAUUCGGAUAAACCAACAGUUACAAAGUACCAAGGCGGACUUAUUUAUUCACAACCCGAACUUGCCGGCUAUCUCAGAGCACACUUCGAAACAGCGCAAGAGCAAGAACGACAAAGAAGUGAUCAGUGGAGUGUCCAAUACCGUACUUCUUCUGGCAGCUAUUGGCGCUGCCACUUUACUUGCUACAGUAUUUUUGGUCUCACGUCGCAAGUAA